AUGUGCCCACAGCACACUCAGAAUUUUGGUUUCUGUGGCUGUGGCCUCCGACCAUCCUACGAGUCGUUCCCGAUAACUGGCAAGAGGACUGGGAGAGGGACAAAUGUCAUCCCUGGGGAAUUCCCGUGGCACGUGAGCAUCCAGAGCCACGGGAAGCACAUCUGUGGAGGCACCAUCAUCAGUGCCCUGUGGAUUCUAACUGCAGCACACUGCUUUGCAGAUGAGCUGCCACCAGACCUGAUGGUGGCAGUGGGGGGAGUGAACCUCAGCCUCCCUCUGGAAGAGUGCCACCCAGACAGCCUCAUCCUGCACGAGGGGUUCAACAGGACCAGCCUGCAGAACGACAUUGCCCUGAUCCUGCUCAGCAGCCCCAUCGAGUUCAGCACUGAGAAGAUUCCUGUCUGCCUGCCCUUCGUGUAUGACAUGGACAAGUGGCAGCACUGCUGGGCUUCUGGCUGGGAGAACACCAGUGCAGCGUCCCCUGUGCUGCAGAAAACAAAGGUGAAGCUGAUCAGCAGGGAGGAAUGCCUGAAGCACAUCCCACACCUCGUGGGGGGCGUGAUGUGUGCUGAGACAGAGCAAGGAGAAGGAGGAAGAGGAGGAGGAGGAAGAGGCUGCCAGGUGGACAGCGGGGGACCUGUGGUCUGCAGCUACUGGGACACCAUGAAGUGGUUCCAGGUUGGCAUCAUCAGUGGAGGAAACCCAAACCACAGGAUUUUGACACCUGUUUACAGCUACCAGAAGUGGAUUGAGAAGGAAACAGCCAUAAGGGGAAAACCAUUCUUCACUGAGGGUGUGGACAGUGGAACACAUAUCAGGGUUGUUCGUUCCAGGGCUGGAACACAGGUGGUAUUUCUGGGCUGGAGCAGGGAGCUGGGGGAGUGGAAGAUGGUGAUGUUUGUACAAAUUUGGCAGCGAGAGCUGGUGGAGGUGAAGGGUGGGGAGGGCUCCAAGCACUUUUGUGUGGCUUCCACCCCAGAGAAGGAAGGUGGGAAAAGCAGCAAUCCCUGGUCACAGGAAAAUGGCGUGCAGCAGGUGAAAGGCAUCCCAAGGUCACCCACAGAGAAGAUGCCCAGCAGAGCCACAGAUCACUCCAGCAGCAAACAGCAUGGCUUAAAGGGUGGGAGCUAG